AUGGUAACAGUUGACGUGAAUGUAAAGCGCACAAGAAUCGGUGGGAUAGUGUUGAUGUUGCGAGGCUGUGGGAUCUGUGGCGAGGUGUAUGUGCCGGUAUGGGUUUUUGUAUGCGAGGAAAGAGGUCCCCAGACUCCAAUCAAAAGAAUGCGCAAAAAGAGUCCAGAGGAGCGUAUGGUCCAGCGAGCCGGCCUGAGCAACCCUCAGACCGGUACGGUACUCGACACCGACAAGUACAACUACAAGUACAACUACAAGUACAACUACAAGUACAACUACAAGUACAAGUACAACUACAACUACAAGUACAACUACAACUACAAGCACAACUCCAACUCCAACUACAACUCCAACUGCAUGCGAUGA